GGCCGCCCACUUCCGCCGCCAGCCGGAAGUGCCUGCAACCCGCGGUGGAGGGGCUUCCGGUGGGGCCGCGAGGUAGCUGAGGCUCACCAUGGCGGCCUCCUUGGCCGGGAAGGAGCUCGUGUUUGUCACGGGGAACGCCAAGAAGCUGGAGGAGGUCAUUCAGAUUCUAGGAGACAAGUUUCCAUGUACUUUGGUGGCAAAGAAAAUUGACCUGCCGGAGUACCAGGGAGAGCCUGACGAGAUUUCCAUACAGAAGUGUCAGGAGGCAGCUCGCCAGGUGCAGGGACCUGUACUGGUGGAGGAUACUUGUCUGUGCUUCAAUGCCCUUGGGGGCCUCCCUGGCCCCUACAUAAAGUGGUUUCUGGAGAAAUUAAAGCCUGAAGGUCUCCACCAGCUCCUGGCCGGGUUCGAGGACAAGUCGGCCUAUGCUCUCUGUACAUUCGCAUUCAGCACUGGCAACGCAAGUGAGCCUGUGCGCCUCUUCAGGGGCCGGACCUCGGUGCGUACCCAUGCUGGUUCCUCAACAUGCCACCAGAGGGCGCUGAGACUCCAGCUCUUGGCCCAGUGUCUUCUGCUGGAAGGGCCGGAUUGUGGUACCUCGAGGCUGCCGGGACUUCGGCUGGGACCCCUGCUUUCAACCUGAUGGAUACGAGCAAACGUUCGCAGAGAUGUCCAAAGCUGAGAAGAAUGCCAUCUCCCAUCGCUUCCGGGCCCUGCGUGAGCUGCAGGAAUAUUUUGGCGGCCUGAUUUCUAAGAAUGAUGAUGAGCAUGCUCAACGGGGAUCUGGGGAGGGCUAGCCUGAAACCUCCAUCAGGCAGGCACCCCCCAAGUAUGUCCUUUAGGGUUACCACUUCCUGGGGGUGUUGAGAUUGACAGCCCCACCAGACCAGCCUCACCAGUCUGGAGGAGCAGAUGGCUCUGUUUGGAGGAGCUUUGGGCAAGGGACACCAUUGGUCUCUGCUACAGCCUCCAGGACCCGAAAGGACCUCAGGCAUUACAUGGGCCUUGACAGAAUUGAGGGUUUGGGGGAGAAAUUCUCAGUGUGUUUUAAAUGCGGCAAGGAAAAAUUCUGGAAGGCACUCCAAAAUAAACUGGAUGUAUCUGCUUUGAAAUCUG